UCAAGACAAAAAACUGAGGAACAUUUUCGACACCUUUAUUCAGACACGAAAAAAUGGCGGCAGGACUGAAAGUUACCGCAGAAAAAAAAAGAAUCUGCGGCCGACAAACAAAACGCUAAAAUUUCUAUGUGAAAACUAGCAAAGAAUAUGUACUACAGGGUCUCUGUUGAAUGCAAUCGCGACGCUUUGAAAGCGCGCUUUUCUAGAGAAGUGUUCGAUAGAUUUCAACUGAGUUCUCUGCUUACAGAAAAAGUAUGCACUUUGAAAACCAAAAAAAUGGAAAAUCCUUUUGCCGGCUUGAUAAAUAGAGUCAAAGACGAUUUGGAUAAUGUCAUGGUCAAGCGAUGAAUAAAGCUCAAAGGUGAACCUUAUCACUGGCAGUGCCAUUGGGGGAAAAGGCAAACGUCAAAAGACUACCAGUUACCGACUACUGCAUUGGAAACUUUGAAGAACUACGAUGUAGAUCUAUAAGCUAAAGUUUAUAUCUCGAAACCUACUCAACCUCAACGGGCGUUCUGGAGAUCUCCGCAGACUUUGCGGGAUACCACGGUAUAACUGUUAAUCCAAAAAAAACAGAAAUCUGUCUCUUCACAAGACAGACGAUCAAUCUCCCCUCCUUAAAGGGCAGAACUAUUGAGCUUGAUCAAAUAUCUAGCAAAAAAAAAAAACAGAGGAUACCAUAAGCAUUUUAGUUGACUUGAGAUGAAAAAGUAUCUAGAACCUAUUAGUACUGUUUCAAAAAAUCGGAAUAGAUUACGUGCUUUAGUCUUAAAGUUGGGCGUGCCCCAAAAGGGAAAGGCUUUCGUAAAACCAGCUUCCGUUACAUCUGUAUGUAUACACUUCCCCCAGCACAAUAUCAAAAAUUUACCUGGGAGCAGGUAGAAAACCCAAAAAGAAGUACGGCUACCUAACUUUUUACAAAAAGCGACGCAAGGUCGCGGCACUGUUUCUACCUGCUUCUUAUAUAAGGACAUUUUCGGCGCAACACAUAUCAGAACCGCAACGGAUUUCAUUCGAGCAACACGUAAUAUUUUAAACCAGUAGCAAGAAAACAACAUGGCAUCUAUUAAGCGAAUUUACAACGGAAGGAAACCAACGAGGAAAAUACACCCAAUCAGUGCAUCUUGGAAUGUGAACCAAUCUAACAUCUCUCGUAGUAAUGGAAUAGAUCUGUUCGUAAAAGAAAAACCACAAACUGGAGUAAAGACCAAACCCGAAAUUAAGACUGAAUCGGGUAAAUUACCAGAUAUAUCGUCACGCAAAUUGCGUGAGCGACUGGUCCACAUGUUAGCUCUUAGCUCAUACACCAGGCAAGAAAUAAACUCAAUCUUUGAAAGAGAAGGAUUACUUCCUUGCGAACGACCAACAGUCGUGUAUGUACUGAAGGAUGUGGCACAGCUUAGCCGUAACGUAUAUAGUUUGCGCCCCAAUAUCUGGAAAGAAGUCGACGAGAAUUGGCCGUACUACAAUGAGAAGGAGUUGCAACAGAUGAAAAGACGCAAGGAGCAGAGUUUGAGAGCUCCAAACACUCCAAACAGCUCAAUUGAGCUUACACCAGAAUCCAACGAUAGCCAAUCAUCAAAGAGUAGUACAAUUCUACCACAUCCAGCCGAAAAUAACUCACUAAAGAGAGAAAGCACAUCAAAGCGAGCAAAUUUGGAAAACGUUGAACCACAACCGGCGAAGAAAAGGCGCAUUGAAAAUUCUACCGGUGAUAAUCACGCCACCUCCCAACCGGCGACCACUAAGACUAAUUCAAAUACCAUCGCUAAUCACCUCAAGCGAAUUUACAAUGGAAGGAGACCAUCUUCGAAGAUGGAGAACCAAUCUAACAUCUCUCGUAGCAAUGGAACAGAGCUGUUCCUAAAAGAAAAGCCACAAACUGGAGUAAAGACCAAUACUGAAAUUAAGACUGAAUCCGGUAAAUUACCAGAUAUAUCGUCACGUAAAUUGCGUGAGCGACUGGUCCACAUGUUGGCCGUUAACUCAUACACCAGGCAAGAAAUAAACUCAAUCUUUCAAAGAGAAGGAUUACUUCCUUGUGAACGACCAACAGUCGUGUAUGUGCUGAAGGAUGUGGCACAGCUUAGCCGUAACGUAUAUAGUUUGCGCCCCAAUAUCUGGAAAGAAGUCGACGAGAAUUGGCCGUACUACAAUGAGAAGGAGUUGCAACAGAUGAAAAGACGCAAGGAGCAGAGUUUGAGAGCUCCAAACAGUUCAAUUAAACUUACACCUGAAUCCAGCGAAAGCCAGUCGCUGGAAGAACACAAAGAACAAAGUUUAAUAGCUCAAAACAGCUCAAUUGUACUUACACCUGAAUCCGGCGAAAGCCAGUCGCUGGAAGGACACAAAGAACAAAGUUUGAUAGCUCAAAACAGCUCAAUUGUACUUACACCUGAAUCCAACAAAAGUCAGUCGCUGAAAAUACACACGAAACAGAGUUCGAGAGCUCCACACAGCUCAAUUGAGCUUACACCAGAAUCCAACGAUAGCCAAUCAUCAAAGAGUAGUACAAUUCUACCACAUCCAGCCGAAAAUAACUCACUAAAGAGAGAAAGCACAUCAAAGCGAGCAAAUUUGGAUAACGUUGAACCACAACCGGCGAAGAAAAGGCGCAUUGAAAAUUCUACCGGUGAUAAUCACACCUCCUCCCAACCGGCGACCACUAAGCCUAAUUCAAAUACCAUCGAGCCCCUUAAAUAUGACUUUAGCAAUUAUACGGAAAUCACCAGCAACGAACAGCGCCAGCAAUAUGCAGCUGAGUUUGCUCGAGACCAUGAGGAAUAUAUGCCACUCUUUCAGCAGACCACAGAGUUAUGGAACAGUUUCCGCGAACUCGGUGCACAGAUUCUUAAUGUGCCCGAAGACUGCCCGGAAUACGAGAACAUCAGUGAACGUAUAUUGAGCACAUUUUCUGUCCUUACUAGCAGAGAGGAACUAUGUCGUAAGCAACGUGUCCUCUAUUUACACGAAAAAUUGGCACAUAUUAAGCGACUUGUAAUGCUCUUCGAUAGCAGACUUACAAAGGAAAUAGCGAUGGACUUCGCAAUGACAAUGGCCAAAAAAUAUGAGUUGAAACAAGAUCGGAUUGAAGCCAUAACCGAUAUUGAAGAGGUGUUGGGAACAUCGAAAAAAAUCACAAUAUGGCACAAAGAUGGAGCGACAGCUACAACACAUGAUGGGUUUCCGCCUACAAAACAAGAAUACAUAAGCGAUAUUUUGGCUGAAGACCUUGCGCUGUCGGAUAGCGACAGCGACGAUGACUGA